AUGGCAGGCUCGACAAUGCAUCAAUUUCCCUCGCCCAACAGUGGCACGUCCAACAUGCCAAUUGCGGUUGUUGGCAUAGGGGCCCGGUUCUCAGAUACCGCCACCGAUCCAGAGAAGUUCUGGGAGCUAUUGGCAGAGGGACGAAGCACCAGUCAGCCAGUACCCAAGGACAGAUUCGAUGCGGACGCAUACUACCACCCCGACUACGAUCAUGCAGGUACAUGUGUCACCACGAGGGGCCACUUCAUGAAGCAAGAUGUGUCCAAGUUUGAUGCUCCUUUCUUCUCCAUCACCGCCAACGAAGCCAAGUCGAUGGAUCCCCAGCAAAGAAUGGCUCUCGAAGUGGCAUACGAAGCAUUCGAAAAUGCUGGAAUGCGUAUCGAGGACUUGACAGGAUCAAAUACUUCUGUAUACAUGGGUACUUGUACCCAAGACUACUAUGACUUGCUGCUCAAGGAUUCCGAGCCAACCACCAUGCAUUCCGUGACCGGCAUUAGCAAGUCGCUGUUGGCUUGUCGCUUAUCCUGGUUUUUUGAUCUAAGAGGUCCCGCUUUGACCAUUGACACUGCCUGUUCGUCGGCACUGUGUGGUGUUCAUCUCGCCUGCCAGAGUCUGCGAACUGGAGAGAGUGAGACAGCCCUCGUUGCUGGGACCAAUCUCAUCUUCGCCAUCGACACCAUGGUCUCCAUGUCGGCCAUUCAUGCUCUGAGCCCCGACGGACAGUGCUACAGUUAUGAUCACAAAGCAAACGGUUAUGCCAGAGGCGACGGAAUCGCCGCUCUUGUCCUCAAGCCGCUUGAGAAAGCACUUGCCGACGGCGAUGUCAUCCGUGGAGUCAUCCGUGGUUCGGCUAUCAACCAAGAUGGCGGCGCCUCAGGUAUUACCCUUCCUAUCGCAGCAGCUCAAGUAGAUCUUGUCAACACCGCAUACGCGAAUGCAGGUCUCCCUUUGACCCAAACAGCUUAUUUCGAGGGUCACGGUACGGGCACCGUUGCUGGUGACCUCCAGGAAACAACUGCCAUGGCAAAGACCAUUGGCAAAGUGAGAUCCAAAGAAAGCCCCCUGUACAUUGGCUCCUCAAAAACCAAUAUCGGCCAUAUUGAAGGCGCCAGCGGUCUAGCAGGCUUGAUCAAAGUCAUUUUCUCUCUGGAGCAUGGCAUGAUAGCUCCGAACGUCAAGUUCGAGCACCCACCACCUUCAAUGAACUUCGACGAGUGGAAUCUCAAGGUCGCAACGGAGCUGACUCCAUGGCCACUGGAAGGCGUGCGUCGGGCUAGCGUCAAUGGCUUUGGUUUCGGGGGUACGAAUGCACAUGUCAUCGUCGACGAUGCCUACCAUUUCCUCAAGGAGCAUGGUCUCAAGGGCAGACAUAAUUGUGUCGUCAACGAACCCGCCGGCACACCACGUUCCACUGCAGAUUCUGGCUUCGGCACUAUGGAUUCUAGUGUGGACCAGCUCUCCGACCAAUUCGAGAUCAGCUUCAAGAACAAGAUUGCUGCGUUGAAUGCCCAACCCAGACUCCUACCAUGGUCCUCAGGUGAGAAGAAGGGCUUGGAGAGGACACUCUCUCAGCUGUCUCAAUACUUAACUCAGAAGGCCGCUGAAGGUCAUCCCCCUGAAGUGCUAGACCGAUUAGGCUUCACCCUUGCAAAGCGAAGAAGUGUCUUCCCAUGGAGGACAUUCUCGGUGGUCUCCUCAUUGGAGGACGCUGCGACUCAAUUGAAUGAUGCCCUUGCCACUCCUGUACGAGCAAAGCAGUCUGCGGACAUGGCAUUCGUCUUCACUGGUCAAGGCGCCCAAUGGCAUGCUAUGGGCAGAGAGCUGCUCCCAUACAAAGUCUUCUAUGACAGUCUAACAGCAUCAGAUGAAGUGCUGCAAACACUAGGAUGUACCUGGUCCUUGUUCAAGGAACUCGCUAAAGACAAAGACGCGUCACGGAUUGAUGAGACUGAGCUGAGUCAAGCUUGCUGCACGGCACUUCAAUUAGCCUUGGUUGACUUACUACGAUCGUGGGAUGUCUUGCCCAAAGCGGUCAUCGGCCAUUCAAGUGGUGAGAUUGCAGCGGCUUACGCUAAAGGUGCCAUCAGCCGUGUGUACGCGAUGAAAGCAGCGUAUUACCGUGGUGUGUACGCCAACAAGUUGAAAGAAGUUUCCCCCGACCUGAAGCUGGGCAUGCUUGCUAUUGGCAUUGGUGAAGCGCAAGCGAGGUCUUACCUUGAACAGGUUCAGGAUAAGGUUACCAUUGCUUGCUACAAUAGCCCCUCAAGUUUGACCCUUUCCGGUGAAGUCAGCAGUCUCGACAAAGUCGAGGAGGUUUUGAAGGCCGAGUCAAUCUUUGCCCGAAAAUUGAAGGUGAAUGUAGCCUAUCAUUCCACUUACUUGAAGGCGAUUUCCGAGGAGUACAUGAACUCUCUGGGUGAUGAAAAGCCGGUGUCAAGCAGCGACAACGUCAAGAUGAUCUCUACAGUCACUGGACUUCCCAUUGAAAGUUCUAGCCUGGAGACGUCCUACUGGGUCAGCAACUUGUUGUCGCCUGUAAAGUUCGACCAAGGUUUACAAAAGUUGUUGAAGGACGGAUCUGCCGACUUGCUCGUCGAGAUUGGGCCACAUGGCGCCCUCCAAGGGCCGAUCAAGCAAAUUCUCUCUGCAAUCAACCUGGAUCUUCCUUCCAUGUCGUUGCUAGAUCGCAAACGUCACGCGGCCAUUUCGACCGUGGAAGCAAUGGGUCGCCUGUGGCAGUAUGGUGUUGAGAUUGACGUACCUUCUGUCAACAGUUUACAAGGCACUCAGGCUGGCACUCCCGCACCACUGGUUGAUCUUCCCCCCUAUCCCUGGAAUCAUGAGAACAACUACUGGUGCGAAUCGACUAUCUCCAAAGAUGUCCGCUUUCGACAUGAAAAGCGGCAUCACAUCCUGGGAUAUCUCAUCCCUGGUGCUGUGCCGAAUGAACCGCUGUGGAGAAACCUCCUACGGAUAUCAGAAAGCCCAUGGCUUCAACACCACAAGAUCCAGGGCACUAUUCUAUACCCAGCUGCUGGUUUUAUUGCGACUGGUAUCCAGGCAAUGUGGGAGUUUUCCGGCUUUCGUGAGGACAUUGCCGGAUUUGAGCUUCGAGAUGUCAAAAUUGAAAGAGGUCUCGUGGUCCCUUCUGACGAUGUUGGCAUCGAGACCAGCUUGCAAUUAAAGCCGAUCAAGGUCGGCACCGCAUCGAUGGAAGUUGUGUGGCACGAGUUCACACUGUAUUCCAGGUCAAACACCGAUAUCUGGCAGGAGCAUUGCUCCGGUCUGAUUCGAAUCAAGCCUAAACAGCAGGCUAAUGCACUCUUCAAAGAUGAAGAGGCUGCUGAGAUCAAACGCAUGAGAGAACGGCACGUGGAGAUCAAAUCUCGCUGCACCAAGUCUGAAUACCCAAGACAAUUCUAUGAAGCAUUAUCCACAAUGGGUUACCAAUAUGGUAGUGUCUUCCGAGGCUUGAGCGAGAUCAAGUAUGGGUACAUGGAAAGCAGCUGUGUUUGCACGGUUCCAGAUACCAGAGCGACCAUGCCGUUCAACUUUGAACUCCCUCAUAUCGUUCACCCUGCAUUCCUAGACAGCAUCUUCCACAUGCUGCUACCAUCACUCAUGCCUGAGGGAAUGCACAUGAGCGCUGUCGGUGUUCCCACACAUUUCGAGUAUCUGUACGUCGCCGCAGAUAUCAGCAAGACUCCAGGCGACGAUGUCAUAGGAUACUCCGAGGCUAUUCCUCCUUUGAGUCGAGAAACACACGGUAAUCUCGUGGUGAUGGAUGCUGAGCUCACUAAGCCAGUGGUCGUCAUUGAGAACCUCACAUGUACAGCGGUGGCGUCUGCUGGUAACGAACAGGAUGCAGCUCGCCAGCUAGGAAGCAAGCUUCUUUGGAAGACCGAUGUCAACGAGCUUGGAAGCACCAUGACGCCAGCUAAGCUUGACACUAUUACCACUCGACUUCUAGCAGACUACCCAAAAGUUGCUGAAGAGCUCGAGUUCGCCGGUUUGACAUAUGCUAAGCGUAUCCUCAACUCAAUCACAACUGAACAGGCAAAAUCGCUGAAGCCUCAUCAUCAGCUCUUCUACCAAUAUUGUCAACACAACUUUGAACUUGCCUUGCAAGGCAAGCUUCCUCAUCAAAGCGAUGGUCUUGACUGGCUCAAUCCAUCUGAGGAGGUAGAGAAAGACAUACUUUCCCGGGUUUCACAAGCAACAAAUGACGGUCGACUCUUAUGCCACCAGGGCGAACAUCUCAUCGAUAUCCUUCUGGGCAAGACAGAACCAUUAGAGAUAAUGAUGGAAGACAAUCUUCUUGAUGCCUACCACGGACAUCAUCUAGGUUGGGAAAUUGCUCAUCAUCAAUUAGCCGAAUACAUUGACCUCCUGGCUCACAAGAACCCUGAACUCAAUAUCCUCGAGAUUGGCGCUGGUACUGGUGGCACUACUCUUCCUAUUCUGCAGAAGCUUGGCGGAGAGAAGGGCGAAUUGCCUCGGAUGAGGUCGUACUGCUACACUGAUAUAACCACAGGCUUCUUCGAAGCAGCUGCUGAGAAGUUUGCACCAUGGGUUUCAUACAUGCAGUUCCAGAAAUUGGACGUCGAAUCUAACCCCAUCGAGCAAGGCUAUGAGGCUGGUAGCUACGAUGUGAUUAUCGCGUCCAAUGUUCUCCAUGCGACCAAGUCCAUGGACGAGACUAUCAGCAACGUCAGUACUCUCCUCAAGCCAGGUGGAAAGCUGAUACUAUACGAGAUCACGAACCCUCUGCAGAGAGUAUGUAUGAUAUUCGGCUCCCUCCCUGGCUGGUUUGCUGGUGCCGAUGAAGGAAGACGGCUUUCACCCUGCUUGACUGAGAAGCAGUGGUCCGACUUGCUCCAGCGUCACAAUUUCUCCGGUGUCGACGUAUCUGCCCGCAGCAUGCCAAGUGACAAAGAUUACAUGCAGAGCUUCAUGGCAUCGACCAAGAAGGCAGCUGAGGUCAAGAAAGAAUUGCCCGCAGAUGUUGUUAUCAUCCAUCCCGGCAAUGCCGAAGUGAACAAGAAGCUGAACGAUAAGCUUGCAGCCGCCCUGCAGGCUGUGGGAGUACAAGCUUCAUCUCAAACCAUGGCCGAGGCUCUUGCUGCAGGCGUGAACAAGAAAUUCUGCAUCGUGACCCUGGAAGCUGAAAAACCGUGGCUGAUCGACGUAGACGCCAAAGACUUCGAUACCCUUCAAGACCUCGUCGUGCGGUCGAGACGUUUACUUUGGCUCACCAGGGGUGCCAUAGAUGGACAAGAGCCUGGGUCGAGUCUCAUUACGGGUCUUGCUCGUGCAAUCAGAGCUGAGAACCCUGGGUUGGUACUCGCAACGCUGGACCUGGACCCAGCCUGGAAUUGUGAUGACCAGGCCAACAUAGAUUCGGUAAUGCGAGUCUUCGAGUUGUGCUGCGAAGAGAAGGAAGAGGCAGACCCCGAUUGGGAAUAUGCUUUACGCAACGGGUUGCUUGAGAUUCCGCGAUACACCCCCGACACCGCAACUGAUGCUAUGUUGCAAGCUAUGACAACUCAAUGCCAACCGGUUCCUGGUCAAUUGAAGCAAGAUGGUCGUCCCCUAAGACUGGAAAUCGGAGCACCAGGUAUGCUUAGCUCGUUCCGAUUUGUCUCGGACGAGAAAGCAAUGGAGCCACUUGCUGAGAAUGAGAUCGAAAUUGAAGUCAAGGCCACCGGUCUGACACCGAGAGACGUCCUCAUCGCAACCGGUCAAGCCUCCCUUGACGAAAUUGGAUCUGAGGCUUCCGGUAUUGUCUCCAAGGUUGGCAAUGCGGUCAGCAAGUUCAAGCUAGGUGACAGAGUCGUUACCUGGCAGCGAAACGAAGGUUGCUUGCGAACUCAUCUGCGCAGCACAGAGACCUCGACGCUUCCAAUUCCUGAUGGUCUCUCUCUCGAGGAUGCUGUCUCAUUACCUGUGGCUUUUGCGACAGCUUGGUACGCAUUGAAUCUCCGGGCUCGUCUCGGAAAAGGCCAGAGUGUGUUGAUCCACAAUGGUGCCAGUGCCGUAGGCCAGGCGUCGAUCAUAGUCGCCCAGCACCUGGGAGGACAGGUCUUCGUCACUGUUUCGACCGCUGAAGAAAAGGCAGCAAUUGAAAAAUACGGGGUCAAGAACGAAAACAUCCUCAACAUUACUGAUCAUGAGUUCGUAAAGGGCAUCAAGCGCCUCACGAACGGCAAGGGUGUGGAUGUCGUGCUCAACUCGCUCAAAGGCGAGGCUCUCCGUCAAACCUGGCACUGUGUUGCACCAUUCGGCUAUUUCAUUGAACUCGGUCAGGAGGACAUUCUGGGAAACACUGGCCUCGACAUGGGUCCCUUCAAACACAAUGUCACAUUCAUUGGCGUCAAUCUUCUUGAGUUGUGCCGCGCCAAUGAGCAGAUCGCUGCCGCUCUGUUCGAUGCUAUUUGGGGACUGCUCAAGGAUGGAAAGAUCCAGCCACCAUCAGGACUCUCGCAGUACAAGUACUCGCAGAUGGAAGAGGCUUUUAAUGCCAUGCAGUCCACUGGCAUCGGCAAGGUCAUAGUGACUGUUGAGGACGGUGAUGAAGUCUUGAUUGUGCCUCCUGGGGCCCAAAAUCUAGACCUCAACCCAGAUGCCAGCUAUAUCCUUGCUGGAGGUUCAGGUGGAAUUGGUCCUUUGAUCGCAGCGUGGAUGGCAGACCAUGGAGCAAAGAACCUCGUCGUCCUGUCCAGGUCAGGCAUCACACGACCCGAUGCCAAGGAGGUGUAUGAUGCGCUCGUUGUUCGCGGCUUGACAGUAAAGGACAUCAGAUGUGAUGUGACUGCCCCUGUUGCUGUGCGCGCCGCGAUUGAAGAGUGUAAAAAGACCAUGCCUCCCAUCAAGGGCAUCAUCAUGGGUGCUGUCAAGCUCGAAGAUUCAGUCUUUGACAACAUGACUUAUGCUAACUGGAAGAACUGCCUGGAUCCUAAGGUGAAGGGUACUUGGAAUUUACAUCAAGCUUUGCCGAAAGACAUGGACUUCUUCGUCUGCUUGUCCUCCAUUGGUGGAUCGGUUGGCAAUCGUGGUCAGGGCAAUCAUGCUGCUGAAAGUACUUACCAAGACGCCUUAAUGGAGCACCGCCGCAACUUGGGCUUAGUUGGCUGCAGUAUUGACAUCGGUACCAUUCUGGGUGUUGGGUGGAUCGCGGAGAACAUCGAGGCGGCCGCUAUGGCGUAUCUCCGUUCCAUCCAAUACCUUGGCAUGCGCUUUGAUGAGCUACUCCUUCUUAUCCAGGCUGCGAUCACCGGCUACACGAUGGAAGGGCACCAGACGCCAACCGUGCUUGCAGCAGGUCUGGGCACUGGAGGUUUGGUGCUCCAGCAUGAUGUCGACCCGCCGUUCUGGUUUGAUGACGCAAAGUUCCGACACCUUCGCAUCGUGGGCACACACUCGAGCGAUUCGAGUGAUGACCAAGAUGGAGGCAGUGUUCCGGUGUCUGCCCAACUCAAGGCCGCAACCUCCCUCAACGAGGCUGGAGAACUCGUGACCGCCGCCAUCACGAACAGAUUGGCAAAGCAAUUGCUCAUGUCGCCUGAUGACCUGGAUAGCAUGAAGCCAAUCAACAGACUUGGCGUCGACAGUUUGAUCGCCGUCGAAUUGAGAAACUGGAUCUUCAGGGAAGUGGGGGCUGAUGUGGGUAUGUUCGAAAUCCUGAGCGAAGAGCCAAUGUGCAGUCUCGCCGUCAAGAUCGCCGGAAUGUCCAAGUUCUUGCCCAAGAGCUUGACCGAAGGAGGAGAGGAAGAGGCGAAGGACAACGCCUUUGAACAGAAGGGAGCUAUUACCAACAGUCAUUUCCCGGAUUUGUCUCAAGGCGUUGUAGUGUAG